GCUAACGCUUCCCGGGGCUGGAGGCUAAUUCAGCAAUGUUGGCAAAGUGCUUUGAGUACCCUGUGUGGAAAGUGGCACUGGAGGUGGACAAAGAUAGCUGGUGUGGCUGGAGCUCCAAAGUUUUGAGGCGGUGGCUUGUUCGUCCCGCGGCGGCCGGAAGCGGAAGUGGCGAGGUUUCCAUGGCGGCGGCCGGAAGCGGAAGUAGCACAGUCUCCAUGGCGGCGGCCAGCGGUGCCGUGUUGUGGCGGCGGCUCUUGGGCCUGGUUCCUCAGGGGAGGCUGGGCCUGGCCGCGCUGCUCGGGCGCCUCUCGGACCGGCUGUCCCUCGGCCGGCACCGGCGCUCCCGGAGAUCAUCAUGGCUGCUGCUGGCCCCAUUGCUCACCCCCGCGGUUCCUAAGGUCACAGCCCCAUCGUUCUACGUGUGUCCUGAGGGAGCGCACAGGUUCCAGUGGAUCAGGAACCUGGUUCCAGAGUUUGGGGUGUCCAGCUCUCACAUCCAGGUGCUCUCCUCCCCGACUGAAUUCUAUGAGCUCAUGAAGGAACAGAUAAAGGCAGCCAAGCAGCGAGUGGUGGUGGCUUCACUGUACCUCGGAACAGGACUCCUAGAACAGGAACUAGUGGAUUGCAUAGAAGAAACACUGGAGAGGUCACUGCAGGCAAGUGGGCACUCUGACUUCAGAGUUUCCAUUCUCCUAGAUUUCACAAGGGGAUCUCGAGGCAGGAAUAACUCUCGGACCAUGCUACUUCCACUGCUGAGAAGGUUUCCAGAGCAAGUUCGUGUAUCCCUCUUCCACACUCCAAAUCUGCGUGGGCUUCUCAAACGCCUAAUCCCUGAGCGUUUCAACGAAACCAUCGGGCUGCAGCACAUCAAGGUUUACCUCUUUGAUGAUAAUGUGAUCCUGAGUGGUGCAAACUUGAGUGACUCGUACUUCACCAAUCGGCAGGACCGCUAUGUGUUCCUGCAGGACUCUCCUGAGAUCGCAGAUUUCUUCACUGAACUAGUGGAUGCAAUUGGAGAUGUGUCGCUGCAGUUACAGUCAGAUGAUACAGUCCAGAUGAUGGAGGGGAUGGUGCAUCCUUACCAAGGAGACAAGACGGCAUAUUGUGAAGUGGCAAAUAGGAGAGUAAUGGAAGUGAUCAACGCUGCCAGGACACGACAAGAACUCCGCAUGCAGACUUUUCAUGGAAGGCGUUCAGAAGGAGAUCCGUUAUUGCCCCAGCAAGACCCUAGUGCAGGAGGGGACCAAAAACCAGAACCGGACACCUGGCUUUAUCCACUAAUUCAAAUGAAACCAUUUGGGAUUCAAAUAGAUGAGAGAGUCACAGAGACAUUGCUGACAGAGGCAGAGCGAGGUGCCAGAAUAUACCUCACCACUGGCUACUUCAACCUCACGCAAGCCUACAUGGAUCUUGUUCUGGGCACCAGAGCACAGUAUCAGAUUCUACUGGCCUCACCGGAGGUGAAUGGGUUCUUUGGUGCCAAAGGGGUGGCAGGUGCCAUUCCUGCUGCCUAUGUUUACAUUGAGCAUCAGUUUUACAGUGAGGUGUGCUGCCUUGGCCAGCAAGACAGGGUCCAACUGCUGGAGUACUCCAGGAAUGGAUGGACUUUCCAUGCUAAAGGCCUCUGGCUGUACUUGGCAGGAAGCAGUCUGCCCUGCCUGACUCUGAUUGGCUCUCCUAAUUUUGGGUACAGGUCGGUUCAUCGGGACCUGGAAGCUCAGGUUGCAAUAGUGACAGAAAAUCGUGACCUGCAGCAGCAGCUCCAUCAGGAGCAGGAGCAGCUUUAUCUCAAAUCAGGCGUCGUGUCGUCCUCUACAUUUGAACAGCCAACCCGCUAUGUAAAGCUGUGGGUGAAGCUGGUAACACCUCUGAUUAAGAACUUCUUUUGAAAGGAGCAAGGAUCCUCCUCUGGAUUGAAGGUCCAGACGUAGGUGGGGCCUCGCAUGCGAGUCUUGUAGACCGGGCACUCGUAGACGUUCUUGGUGUCCAUACGGUCCACA